CCAUGCCCACUUGUAACGGCAAACUUGCAGGGUUUUAGGUUUUGGUUUGGUGCCAAAAGCCCCCAAACAUGAGUGCAAAAUUCGUUACUGCGAAUUUGGGAGUCAAUUAUUAUCAUUCAUCUGCCAAUGCCAACAACAGCACCUGCGAGGAUGCAAUUGCAAGUCGCAGCUCGAUAAUGCUCUGUCGCAUUGCAUGUCCAGCACCUACACCUAGGAAUCGAUUUCGAUUACAACCGCUGCUGAGAGCAUCGUCGUCAUCUUCAUCCUUCGGUGCCGAUGACAAAUCACUGUCCACGCCGUCAUUCGGUAAUAAAGGUGACGAAAAUUACCACUCUUCUUCCGCCUUCCCGCUGCUGCCGCUCAAACAAGGAGAAGAAGCAGAGGAAGGAGUGGCGAGGCAAGUAGUUUCGGAAAUUCUUCAAGAGCUUGGGGCUUCCAAUGAGGACUCCAUCGAUAUUGCUCUGCACUCUCCCAAAUACUUGGCCAUGCUUCUUGAUAGCGUACGCGAGUUAGAUGAGCUCUCCCUCUGGAAUGAACAACAACAAAGCAACAACAAACAGCAGCAGCAUACGAAGAGCGAACCAAGUAGAAGCAGCAGCAGUAAUCUGCUGUCAUUAAAGCAGAAGUUGUAUUGCCUAGCCAAAAACAAAGGCGACAAGGGAUUGCUUCCCUUCUUGGAGAGCCUCGGGUUAAGCCUCCCAUCUGCAACACGCUUGGCUCGCUCUCUCUCUUCACAGACGCUCCCCAAUCUCCUCCACAAGGUUAAGUAUAUGAGGAAAAUGUUCUUUUCUAACAGUGAUGAUGAAGGGCUUAUUGGAAAGAAUGCCCGCCGAAUGAUGAUGCACCUAUCCAUUUCUAUUGACGAGGAUGUACAACAGACUUUAUCCUUUUUUGAGAAGAUUGCAGCAAGGCGUGGAGGUUUGGACAUGUUGGGAUCCCAUGAUGCCUCUUUUCGCUACUUUGUCGAAUCAUUUCCACGUUUCCUUUUGCUAUCAUUGGAACUUCAAAUGAAGCCAUUGGUGGAAUUCCUUGAAGAUGUAGGUGUGCCUAGAGGGUGCAUGAGAAAUAUUCUUCUAUUAUUUCCUCCCAUUGUUUUCUAUGAUCUUGAGAAGGAUAUAAAAUUGAGGGUAAAAGCUUUUGAGAAGGUUGGUGCAGGCAAGGAAGAUUCUGGCAGGAUGUUGUUGAAGUAUCCGUGGAUCCUAUCAGUAGGCAUUCAAGAAAACUACGAGAAGGUCCUUUCUUUCUUUGAUAUGCAAAAGGUACCAAAAGCUAGUGUUGAUUUUGCAAUCAAAAGCUGGCCCCUUAUUUUGGGCUGUUCAAUUAGCAAGCUGAAGUUGAUGGUAGAACAGUUUGGUGAAUUUGGUGUCGGAAACAGGCAAUUAGGUCAGAUCAUCGCUACUAGUCCUCAGAUUUUACUACGGAAACAGGAAUUUCUUCUGGUGGUGACAUUUUUAAAAGGUUUGGGGCUUGAUGAGGAAAGCAUUGGUAGGGUCCUUUGUCGCUGCCCUGAACUCUUUGUCACAAACAUCGAGAAAAAUCUGAGGAAGAAAAUUGAUUUCCUUACUGCUAUAGGUGUCUCUAAGAGCCAUCUUCCUCGGGUUAUCAGGAAAUAUCCAGAGCUUUUUGUCUGCGAUGUUAGCAGAACCAUGAAUCCUCGAAUGAAGUACUUGAUGAAGAGCGGGCUGUCGAAGAGGGAUAUUGCAUUUAUGAUCGGCAGGUUCUCGCCGUUGCUAGGCUACAGUAUAGAAGAAGUUUUGAGGCCCAAGUUAGAAUUCCUGGUGAACAUCAUGGGGAAGCCAGUAAAAGAUGUGGUGGAGUAUCCAAGGUAUUUCAGUUACUCUUUGGAGAGGAAGAUCAAGCCCAGGUAUUGGGUGCUUAAAGGUAGAAACAUGGAAUUUUGUAGCUUGAAGGAUAUGUUGGGUAAGAAUGAUGAAGAGUUUGCAGCCGAGUUUCUUCUCUAGGGUGGGGUGGGGUCAUGUUAUGUGUAGUGGAGGCGCAUGGGGAUGCUGUACGGUGAAGUUGACAAAAUUAGAGACUGGAAGUGGGAAAGGAAAGAUGGAAGGAAGGAAGCUUCGUUCAUUUGCUUUGCGCGCCAGCAAAGCACGUGAUGAGAGUGAUUUCCAGCUAUUCGGCUUGGUUUAAUGCACGCGCCUCUACCACCCACCCAACACCCAACCACCCACCCAUGCUGCCUGCCGUCCCCAUUCCCUACACAUUACAACCAAAUCACCCAGCUCUCCCCCCACCUUCUUUUCUAUCUUUGUGAAUGGAAUAAAAUGAUGGCUAUUGUGCAAUUUAAAAAUAUAUUACAGUAA